CGUCGUCGUGGCCAGUUGUUUUUUCUUUUGAUGUAUAUACUGUAUGCGAUGUAUGUUUGUGUGUGAGUUUAUACAUAAUACGUUUGUGAAGAAGCGUACGUACGCACAGAGUGAAACACUGACUGUGCACGUGUGACCAGUCGAGCAAGAGUAACGAUCGGCACCGAUCGAAAAUAUCGAUUGGGUGAAAGUCGCGGCUUUUUCUCACAGAAGUUCGGCGAGUCCGAGGACCACCAAGAUGUUCUAAGAAUCACGAGAAGACACUUUUGAAGAUAAAUCUGAAGAAGUGAUGUUCACACGUUAAUCAAUUCAGCUAAUAUCUCACACUUCGUACCAAAGAGGGUCAUCAAAGAUUUAAAGCGCGAUAAAGCGAUAAAGUCAAUAGAGCGAUCGAUCGUGGGAGAUAUUGACAAGAAGCCGAUGAGAUACGUGAUUUAUAUAUCGAAUUAUUCUGAAUUACAUCGAGUGAUCAAUCUCAGUUAGUGUUGAGAAAGAGAACAAAUCUUGCAGACGAUGUUUGUAAAUUCUUAAUAACACAAUUGAAAAAAUCAAUUAUUAAAAUGGUGAAGAAAUAUUUUAUUUAAUAUGUAGAAAAUCAAUUAAGUCGCAAAAAUAGAACCGACACGUGCCGGUUAUUGAUAAUUGUUAUGAGCUGAUAAGUUAAACGAUCGUUUUUAAUCGUAUUGAUUGAAGUGACAUACAAAACUCGUGAUUUAAUGACGCGCGCAAGGAGCUAUGGAUUCAACGACAAUCAAAUCGAAACCAAACCCAAGAGAAAAGGCAAACGUUGUAUCAAUAUUGCUGUGGUGGUGGACCAUCAAUUUGUUCAAAACAGGAUACAGAAAAAAUCUAGAGAUAGAGGACUUGUAUGAUCCUUUGAAAACUGAUCGAUCAAAUGUGCUCGGAGAUCGAUUAGAAAAACAUUGGAAAGUCGAGCUGGAAAAUUCAAAAAAACGGAAACGCAAACCGAGUCUGCUAAUUACGAUUUUUCUUACUUUUUUAAAGGAAUAUUCCAUAUUAGGAAUAAUACAAGUGCUCAACGAGUUUGUGAUAAGACUUGGCACGCCGUUCUUAUUGGGAGGUCUUCUGCGUUAUUUUCGAAAAGAUUCGGUGGAACUCCUUGAAAUCGCGCUAGCUUACGGGGCUGGUAUAUGCAUAGCGACCGCUGUGAACGUACUAAGCGGCAGUCAGGCACUUUUCGGAGCUUUUCAUGUGGGUGCCAAAGUUCGCGUGGCCGUUUGCUCCGUGGUAUACAGAAAGGCUUUACGACUGAGCAAAACCGCAUUGAACGAGACAGCAGCAGGAAAGGUAGUCAACUUAGUGGCCAACGAUGUCAAUAGGUUCGAUCUCGUUUCCAUUUUAAUUCAUUACAUGUGGUCGGCACCUUUGCAGGCCUUGAUUGUGGCCUAUAUCCUUUACCAUGAGGUCGGCAUCUCUGGUCUUAUCGGAGCUUUUGCCACUCUUCUAGUUGUACCGCUUCAAUCCUAUACUGGUAAACUCUCGUCGAGAUUCCGUCUCCAAACUGCCAUCAAGACGGACAAACGGGUUCGACUAAUGGAUGAGAUUAUUUCCGGGGUACAGGUGAUCAAAAUGUACGCUUGGGAGAAACCGUUCUGCGCUAUGAUCGAGCUGGCACGGAAACUCGAGCUGCGAGUGGUCACCAAAAGUUCUUAUAUCCGUGGAAUUUACAUGACCUUUAAUCUCUUUACAACACGUAUGGCGCUGUACAGCACACUCAUAACGAUGCUGUUGUUCAACGACGAUAUCACCGCUGACAAAAUCUUUGUCGUUUCGUCUUACUUCAACAUCCUCUCGCACACUCUCACUGGCAUGUUCGUGCGCGGGUACGCUGAGUUGAACGAGUGCAUGGUGGCCAUUAGACGAUUGCAGAAUUUUUUGGAGCUCGAAGAAUUUCAUGACGGCAACGUCGUUAAUAAAUUGUCGUCCUCCAACGAUACGCUACACGAUAAUUCAACAACCAAAGAAUCUCCUGACGAGCCAGAUCUACCUUACAUUGACGACGACGUAGUCGAAAACACAAGCGAAAGCAUCAGUAUCGAGAACAGCAAGAAGCCGAACGGAUUAGUUGUGGCCAUUGAUUUACUGAAUAAUAGCACUAAUCAUGUUGAAGAGAAAAAACAAUCAGUCAACGAGAAGUGGGCCAUCAACAUGAUCGACGUGACUGCCAAGUGGCUGAGCAAACAACCGGAGAACACUCUGGAAGACUUGAAUCUGGGAAUAGAAAAGGGAAAGUUAUACGCGGUCAUUGGCAUGGUGGGCAGUGGGAAAAGCUCUUUUUUAUCCACCAUUUUAGGCGAGCUUAGCCUGAUAAAGGGCCAGAUAAAGGUGAACGGCAGCAUCAGUUAUGCCAGUCAGGAGGCCUGGGUCUUUGGAGCUUCUAUUCGGCAGAAUAUAUUAUUCGGACAGCCCUACAAUCGUCAACGUUAUCAGAAAGUGAUCAUAGCUUGCGCUUUGCCGCGCGACUUUGAACAGUUUCCUCAAGGAGAUCAGACCAUUGUGGGAGAAAGAGGCAGCUCGGUGUCCGGCGGUCAAAAGGCCAGGAUUAACUUGGCCAGAGCUCUGUAUAGACAAUCGGAUAUUUAUCUUCUAGAUGAUCCUCUAAGUGCGGUUGAUGCUCACGUCAGUAAGCAUCUGUUCCAAAAGUGCAUUCAGAGAUAUCUGGCUGGAAAGACCACAAUCUUGGCAACGCAUCAACUGCAGUACAUAAAGAGUGUCGAUGCUAUUAUCUUGCUUGAGCAAGGAAAAAUUAAAUACUUCUCGCAUUAUAUGGAUCUACUGGCCUAUCGACCUGAGUACGGAAUACUUUUGGCAGCAGAGGAUGAAACGACCGACGAGUCGACCUCAGAAAUAAAUAUAAAUUUACGACGACAGUUUUCUACUUCAAGUAAUGGAAGUCGUACUCCGGAAAUUACGGACGAUGAGGAAGAAGAUGAAAACGCCGAACGAAUAAACGGUCUGGAAACGACAUCACGUGGCUUGGUUAAAGGUCCUAUAUUUAUGAAGUUUUUCCAAGUCGGUUCCAACUUGAUCUUAGACUUUAUUGUUGUACUUUUGUUUAUUACUACGCAAUUUGUCGUCAGUUCCUGCGAUUACUUCGUGCCUUAUAUAAUCAAUACUGAAGAAGCGCGGAAAUACAAAACUAGAGUUUACUUGAAUCUAACAGAAGAUAUUUAUACAAACAAAACAAACCCGGUCAUCCAGAAUUUAUUGCCGAGGACUACUUAUAUCUAUAUUUACACCGGCAUUGUCCUGGGCAUCUUUUUUAUCGGCAUUACCAGAUCAUUGGUGUUCUACAAAACAUGCAUCACAUGCUGUCAACGUCUGCAUGAUAUGAUGUUUAAUGCGCUGAUUCGUACGGGAAUGCGAUUUUUUGACACUAACCCGAGUGGCCGGAUUCUGAACAGAUUUUCCAAGGAUAUGGGCGCGAUCGACGAGCUGUUACCAAAAGUGAUCCUCGACGCUUGUCAGAUGAACUUGAUGAUGAUUGGCUCUCUGGUAGUAACCUGCAUCAUCAAUCCCAUUUUCCUAGUACCGGUUAUAUUCAUAAGCACGAUCAUCUAUUGGAUCCGAAAAAUGUAUCUAAAGACCAGUAAGAACAUCAAGCGACUGGAAGGAAUAGCACGAUCUCCGGUGUUCACUCACUUGAAUGCUACGCUAAACGGCCUGACGACUAUCAGAGCAUACUGCGCUCAGGACAUACUCAAACGGGAAUUCGACAAAUUGCAAGAUUAUCACACGUCCACUGUCUACAUGUAUAUUGUGACCAGCACGGCGUUCGGAUUCACUCUCGAUGUGUUUUGCUUUGUCUUUAUCUCGUUCGUCACUUUCAGCUUUUUGUUGCUCAAUCAGACAUUUUCUGACGACGAGGUCGGACUAGCUAUCACCCAGGUAAUGACAAUAACUGGGUUGAUUCAAUGGGGAAUGCGACAAAGCGCGGAAGUGGCGAACCAGAUGAUGGCGGUGGAACGUGUACUCGAAUAUAUUCAGCUACCGCCGGAACCGAAUUUGCGUGACAGAGGCGCGUACUUGAAGAAAAAAGAGAGUCAAAAUCUGUCUCUGCCCGCUAGCGCUCCCAAUGGCUGGCCCGACGCAGGUUGCAUUCAGUUCAUCAAUGUCUAUAUGAAGUACUCGGAUGACGAUCCGUACGUUCUCAAGAAUUUGAAUAUUGUGAUGCGUCCCGGAGAGAAGAUUGGUAUCGUAGGAAGAACAGGUGCUGGAAAAUCGUCACUUAUAACAGCUCUCUUCCGACUAGCGAAAGUAGAGGGAAUUAUUAAGAUCGACGGUAUAGAUACGAGUCAGAUUGCUUUGGAGGAUUUGCGCGGCAAGAUAUCUAUUAUACCCCAGGAUCCCGUUUUGUUCUCGGGUACACUGAGACGUAAUCUGGAUCCGUUCAACGAGUUUUCCGAUCUCGCUGUAUGGGAAGCGCUCGAAGAGGUCGAGCUGAAAGACGCGGCUGUUAUCAAUAAUGGUCUGGAAAGUCGCGUGUUUGACAGAGGUAGCAACUACAGUGUCGGACAGAAGCAGCUUGUGUGUUUGGCAAGAGCUAUCUUAAGGAACAAUCGUAUUUUGAUGUUGGACGAAGCGACCGCUAAUGUAGAUCCUCACACAGACGCGUUGAUUCAGUGCACUAUUAGGAAGAAGUUCACGACCUGUACGAUGCUCACGAUAGCGCAUCGACUGCACACUAUAAUGGACAGCGACAAGGUCCUCGUGAUGGAUAAAGGUCGUAUGGUCGAGUAUGAUCAUCCCUACAUGUUACUACAAAACAGUCAGAGUCAAUUCACGUCAUUGGUGAGAGAAACCGAUCCGGGUAUGCAUGAACAACUGGCCAAAGUGGCGAAACAAGCGUACGACGCCAAAUACAGAAAAACAUGACAAUGCACCGGACAUGAAAUAACAUGAAGCUUUUUUGUCAUUCAAAUUUUCAUAUGCUUAAUCGUGAUAGAAAUGAAAGUAAAUCAGUGAAUAUCUAAUUUUAGGUAAAGUUCCGUAGAUUUUCUUGUGACGUAUGUCACGAUACCGAUAUUCUUUUCUCACUCAACUUAAUAACUUUGACCUCGCCUAUCUCUGAAACGAAAAAUAGGCUCAAUGUGAAAUUUUUCUGUGAUCAAUGUCUUAUCAUAAGCUAACAUUUAGCACACUAUUUGAUUCAAAAUUUGAGGAUCCUGGGCGAAAACGGGCAAAAUUUCACUUCUUUUUGGAGCCACUCUUUGUGCAACACAUCCGAAACAUAUUGGACAAAAAAAAAAAACAAAACAGGAAAGGAAACAAUUAUUUAUGCACAAAUAUUUAACACAAAUGAAUGAAGUUUAUCCACUGAAGAGAAAAACUUAUUGCAUGAUUUUUAAGAUAUUUAGCUUUGAACAAGCACGAUACUGUAGCGAGUAUUAUAAUCACCACGUGUUUGCGAUACUGAAUGUAUUUCUAUAUAAAACGAUGUUGAACUAUUAUAAAUCUCUAUAGAUAUUAAUAGAAAUCAAUAAAACUAAUCGAUAUUAAAAGAAUUGUAUUUUUACAUUGUAUUUAAUAAUGGUUAAAGUUGCGGUGAGUUUUUUUCACGUACAAGUCUAAAUAAAAUAAAAUAAAAUAAAAAAAUUACACUACUCACACAUAUUUUUCUACUCUACGCUUUAUGUACUUCCAGAAACUAUAAACGUUUCUCGCUCUGUGAUAAGCAUUUGCGUUUAUAGAUAUAUGAACAUAUAUAAAAACAAACUGAGAACUGUGUAUGUGAUGUGUACAAUUUUUAUAUUUGUUAAAACAAACAUCAGAACAAAUAAAAUAAGAUAUACCUAAGACAUAACAUUUAUUAUCAACGUUAUGAGUAGUAUAGUUUCGGACAUUUUUAUUGUGGAUAUUUUACUAUACUUAGAAUAGACUUAGACUGUAAAUAGGUCAUACAAAAAUUGAAUAAAAAUCCACAGUGAUGACGCUAAAAGAUAUUUCAUCUUAAUUUGAAUAUUUAACAAACGCUACGAGUACUUAUUUUUUGUUAUUACAGAUAAGGGCUCAAUAUUUUUAGAAACCGCAUUUAUGGAAUAUAACUGCGAGCAUCUCUCUUAUAUAUUAU